AAUGAUGUGCUUUGAGGUUACGUUGACCCCGCACACACUUCAUUGUACUUUCGCACGUGCCGAAGAGCACAGAUGACACGAGAGAGAGGACACGACGCACGACGUUCGGACAGAGUGGAACAAGUCAUCGCGAUGUUGCACUUACACUCUGUUAUCUCUGCACUUCGGAUGAUAGGGCGGACUGUUAUUCAUCGUGGAUUAUAAAUUUGUAGACGUGGCGGAUUAAAAUCACCUUCGGUUUUGACGUAAAAGAGCCGGGAAUUGAAGUCAUUUAUUCGUUCUUCGUUCAUUGAACUCUGAAUCUUCCAGGAUGAUCUAAUUCUAAUAGAAAAGGACAGUGAUCGCGCUGGAUGGUUCGCUAUCUUUGUUUGGUAUCGUAGUGAAAAACAUAUUUAUUUUAUAUGCGUUUUAUAAGUUGGAAAAAAAAGAAAUAAUUCAUACACGCACAUUUUCGAUUUGAAAUUUAUGAGUGAAACGAAAAUAUAUCCCGGGGAAGCUUCCGUGUCGCUUUUAAUAUGUAAAUAUCUGAGAAAUGUUUUUAGUUUAGAUGAUAUAUAGUGUAAAAAGAGACAGAUAGCCAACCAAGUUCAAAUAAUUUUCUAUAGGAUAGUAUAAACUCACUUUAGUGCACUAUAGAUUCCACUGUUUCGAUUCAUACAGUACCGUACGUUUUUGGCAAAUUACGCCAAAAUGUUUAUCAAGCCAUUCAAAAUCAAGUCCAAUUCUCUGCUGAAGGGAACCGAAAGGAAAAGAUUAUGCGAGGAAAUAUUGGCAGCAUAUCCAAGUUUAUCGGCAGACAUUCAAUUGUUGCUGCCUAAAAAGGAGUCUAUCAGCCUUAUGAAGAUAGUAACACACAAUGGACAGAUAGGCAGAAUAUACUGCGUCGCCAAGAUACCCAUGUUCUUUCAACUGGAUUCAUACAACAUAUUAUUUCCCACAAUUUAUACAUUAUGGCACCAUCCAUGUUUGUUUAAUACCUUCACUACACAUACGCCAGUUAUAUCCAAAUUAGCUGGUGGUGCAGAUCUCAUGUUGCCUGGUUUGGUUCUGAAGGAACCAAUAACGUUAUAUAGUUUUGGUAAACUACCAAAAGGUUCUCCAGUAGCGAUUAACACUGAAGAGAACAAGGCUACAGUUGCCGUUGGUAUCACCGCACUUUCCAGUGAAGACAUGUAUAUGGCAGCUGGACAUGGGAAAUGCGUAGAGAUUUUUCAUGUCAUUGGUGAUAUGCUUUGUCAAUUAGGCAAGCCACCUUUAAGGCCUGAUUUGGGGCCACCGAACGACGAUGACACGAAUGUGCCAGAAAAUGCCGAAUCGAAUAAUCAACAAGUAAUUGUGGAUGAAACUGAAGAACAGCCGAUUAAAUUGGAACAACUGGAUAUUUGCGAGGAUUCAAGCGACGUCGCCGAAGACGAAAUUGUUUCCAAAGAAUAUUUGGAAGAAACAGAAAACGUAGAAAUGGAGGAAAUUGUACAAAGUUCACACACGAUCGAAUCGGAAAUAGUUGAUCCAAUCCAAGAAAUGGAUCAAUUAUUGGAAUAUUGUUUCUUGAAAGCGUGCAAAACGACGGUAAAGUCUAGCGAUCUGCCGAUGCUGUCGUCCAAUUUCUUUAAAAAUCAUCUGCUGGUUGCCUGUCCACCGGGUAAAAAUGUCGAUGUGAAAAAGUCUCGGUAAAAAUUAUCGGUUUUUCUGGCAGAAAUGAAGGCCAAAGGAAUAAUUAAUACAUCCAUCACGAAAGGUGUCGAGACUUUAUUGUCCAUCAAGUUCGAUCACCCGCUUGUGAAGCAAUUAAUCGUUAACGAAGAACCAAUCGUGGCCGAACCGGUAGUUUCGAAUAGCGCUGUCGUAUCGGAAUGUUACAAAGUGACCGCCGAUGUUCUGCCAAUUCUGUCGAAAUUUGGCUACGAGAAGGGCGACGUGAUGAAAAGAGCUGACAUCAGAAAAUGUUUCACCGAAUACGUGAAAACGGAGGAUCUGCAGAACGGAAAGACGUUAAAGUUGAAUCCCCAACUGGCGGGCAUCAUGCGAACCAAGGCUCACCAGGAGACGGUGACGAUGGAGGACGGAAUAAAUAAGUUUAUCGGUCGCAUGACGCACAUGCACGAGGUCACUCUAGCGGGGAAUACUUUGUUGCACACGGGAAAACUGGAACCGAUCGACAUGAGGGUGACGGUGCGAUCAGGUGGGAAAAAGGUGACGUUGGUGAAUAAUCUGGAAACAUUCGGCAUCAAUUUGAAGGAAUUCAGUAAAGAGUGCCAGAAUAUCGGUGCAAGCGCGACAAUCACCGAUGAUCCUGGCAAAAAGACCCCCAGCGUUCUUGUUCAAGGAAACCAAAUUUUAUAUGUGUACAAAUUACUUACAGAGAAAUAUCAAAUUAAAAAGAAUUAUAUAAGAGGUUUAGAAUUUGCGCCAAAAAAGAAAAUAAUUUUUUUUAAAUAAGAAAUAAACUUAUAAAUAUUCUGUAAAUAAAUCAGACACUGUUUUCCCUUUUGAUGUUAUCGCGAAUGAAAUAAUAUACUCGUGCUCUUUAUGUUUGCGCGAUUGUCCAAAGAUUGAUCAAUAGUGCAAUUAUUCUUCAAUUUUUUUUAUCGAGAUUUUCUCGUAAAACGUAAAUGUUAUUUUGAUGAAACAAUUUUAAUCGUAAAAGAUUACAGAAGAACGCUGCCACUAUAAUACAUCGCCAAAACAUUUUCUGAGAGAAUGUUUAAAGCGAUUAGAGAAUUAACGAUAUUUAUCGUUCUAACAGAAAGAUGCACGUUAUAAUAAGUAAUUAUUAAAUAAAACAAACUCUUGCACAGACA